GCCAAACUGGAUACCAAGCAUCGAAGUAUUGUACAUUUGAGGCAAGUUAUUGUUUUGGAUGCGGACCAGGACGUGUAUGUCAAAUUUAACCCCACCUUCAGGACAAUACCAAAGGUAAUGAUUGGUCUAACUCUGGUCGACACGCACGAAGAUCAAAAUGUCCGCGUUCGCGUUAGAGUAGGCUCUGUAACCAAAGGGCAAAGAUGGAUUCUUGCUCAAAUUCCAGCCAUGGGGUUAUUCUAUUACGUAUCAAAUUGGCGUCAACUGGAUGGCAUGUCAAUGAACGUGAAUGGCACGUGA